AUCAUUUCUCUGCCACAAGAAGAACGAACUCAAGAGCCGGUCGUCACCAGAGUUUGGACAACAGAAAGAUGGAGUGGAAGGUGUUCCUCCUUUUCUUUGCCUUAUUCAUGGCUGCCACAUCUGCAGCACCCACUUGUAAAUGCGAAGAUGAAGCUAAGGAAACUUCGUCCAAGUACAAAGUCAAAGUCAAAGAUGGUGACGAAGAGUAUGAACAAGAAAUCAAAAUCGACACCGAGAAACAAACCGAGACUUAUCACAUUCCAAAAACGAAAUCUUCCAGCGCAGGAGAAGUGGACGAAGUCUAUGACUUUAAAAGAAACUUGGUCAUGCGCCGAAUGCCUGAACACAAAGCCUGUUUCUUGAGUGAAUCCACUGAAAACGCUCCAAAGCCUCAAGACCUCAAAAAUGCACUUGACAAGCAAAGCGCUUCAGGUUCCUCACAAUCUGUUAAUACUACUGAAGACAAUUACGAAGUUGUUGGCACUGUGAAUGAUCGCUCCACUCUAAGUGAUGAAAUGGCUGCAAUGUGUGCCAAAUUUCCCAUUUAUCGCAUCAGGAGGAGGAAGGUUUCUAUGAGCGUGGAAAAAGAAAACGUUCAAGUUGGAAAGAGAUUCAGACGACAAACAAUACGAAACUGUUACAAGGUCUACUACUAUGUUGGACGAUGGAGAUGGGAUGGAUACAGGUGGAUUUACUACAGGGUGCUAAUUUGUGUCUGGCGAUGUAGAUAA